AAGUGCCUGUGCAAGCAGAACUGAGAAAGUUCAUAGAUCGGAGGUGCAGUAUGUCCCGUUAAGAAGAAGGGGGAAAAAAUCCUGCAGAGCAGCAGAGGCACCACAGGCUGAAGGGUCGCGCACGGUAUUUACCGCAUUGAAGAUACAGUUCACCUGGGAAAAUGGGUUUUCCGACGAUAUAUGGUUGUCGUCGGGUUGUUUUCAAAUUGUUUUUGCUUCAGUUUAUCGUCUUUCAAGCGACAUAUGCUGCUCCCUCGCCUAUCAUCAGGUUUCCUGGAGACGAUACUACCCCCACAACAGACAAAGAAGUUGCUCUGCACUAUCUGAAUAAGUUUUAUGGAUGCCCAGAAGACAGAUGCAACCUCAUGGUGCUCAAGGACACGCUGAAGAAAAUGCAGAAGUUCUUCUCUCUGCAAGAAACCGGAGAAAUUGAUGCCAAAACUGUAGAGAUCAUGAAGAAGCCUCGCUGUGGUGUCCCAGAUGUGGCCAAUUACAACUUCUUCCACAGGAAACCCAUGUGGCAGAAGAAUGACAUCACCUACAGAAUUCUGGGAUACUCUCUCGAUCUGGACGAGGAGGUCAUAAAUGAUGCUUUCUUCAGAGCCUUCAAAGUGUGGAGCGACGUCACCCCACUCUCAUUCACCCGCCUCAUGGACGGAGAGGCUGACAUCAUGAUUAAUUUCGGCCGCAACGAGCACGGAGACGGUUACCCCUUUGACGGCAAAGAUGGCCUCUUGGCUCACGCCUUCGCUCCAGGGCCAGGAAUUGGAGGAGACUCCCACUUUGAUGAUGAUGAGCAGUGGACACUGGGAGAUGGCCAAGUGGUGAAGGUGAAGUUUGGUAAUGCUGAUGGCGAGUUCUGUAAAUUUCCCUUCCUGUUCAUGGGCACUGAGUAUGACAGCUGCACGUCCCAGGGUCGUGACGAUGGCUUCCUGUGGUGCUCCACCACUUACAACUUUGAUGAUGAUGGCAAAUAUGGAUUCUGCCCUCAUGAAUUACUAUUCACCAUGGGUGGAAAUGCAGAGGGCUCUCCAUGCAAGUUCCCCUUCACCUUUCAAGGAGAGAAGUAUGACGGCUGCACCACGCAGGGCAGGGAUGAUGGUUACCGCUGGUGUGCCACUACUGAGGACUACGACCGAGACAAAAGCUAUGGGUUCUGUCCUGAAACUGCCAUGUCAACAGUGGGAGGAAAUGCAGAGGGAAGCCCCUGUGUCUUCCCCUUCACCUUCCUGGGAGACACCUAUGAAUCCUGCACCUCAUCAGGGCGCAGCGAUGGCAAGAUGUGGUGUGCUUCCACCAAGAGCUAUGAUGAUGACCGUAAAUGGGGUUUCUGUCCAGACCAAGGCUACAGUUUGUUCCUGGUGGCAGCCCAUGAGUUUGGUCAUGCCCUUGGCUUGGAGCACUCUCAGGACCCAGGAGCAUUAAUGGCCCCCAUUUACACCUUCACAAAAGACUUUAGACUUUCUCAUGAUGAUGUUCAAGGCAUCCAGGAGCUCUAUGGUGCGUCGACAGACCAGCCUCAGACUCCGACUCAAGGUCCAGUUACUCCAAUGGACAUCUGUAAGGAGCCAGUUGUCUUUGAUGCUAUAGCACAAAUCAGAGGAGAGACCUUCUUCUUCAAGGACAGGUUCCUGUUCAGGUCAGUCAACUACAGAAGCAAGCCCAGCGGCCCAAUGCUAGUGGCCACCUACUGGCCUGAACUGCCUGCCAAGAUAGACGCUGCCUAUGAAAACCCACUGGAGGAAAAAACUGUCUUCUUCUCAGGCAAGGAGAUGUGGGUCUACAAAGCGAAUGACUUGGAGAGAGGUUACCCCAAGAAGAUCUCCAGUCUAGACCUUCCGACAGACCUUUCACAAAUUGAUGCUGCCUUCAACUUCAGGAAGAACAAAAAGACUUAUCUUUUUGCUGGAGACAAAUUCUGGAGAUAUGAUGAAGAGACGAAGAUCAUGGAUGCUGGCUUCCCCAGACUUAUUGCUGACUCCUGGAAUGGCAUCCCAGAUGGCCUUGACUCUGCCUUCAGUCUUAAUGGCAUUGAUUACAGCUACUUCUUCAAAGGCAACCACUAUUUCAAACUGGAAGACAGCAGCUUGAAGAUUGUCAAGCUGGGCGAAAUCACAAAGGACUGGCUCGGUUGUUGAGCAUCUCGAAAAUGUCUUACAACUUGCUGAUUCCUGUAAUGACACCUGGCCUCAUGAGGACAUUGGCAUAUUAUCAUACACAACUUGAGGUCACUGCACUGCACACCAUUGUAAGUUGUAUGUUUUUGUCCUGGCAACUAUGCACGCUUCUGUGUGAGAUAUGUCCCUUCCAACCUGUAUAAUCAACCUCCAGCUUUGUAGAAAGGCACCUCGGGACCUUCUACACAGGCUAUACAUGGGCAACUGGAUAUUACUGUGUGAUAUUGACAUUGUAUUUGUUAUGCUGAUGCAGAUUUAUUACAAUUUGUACCCCCUG